CGUGGACAAGGACAAAGCAGGCGGCGGUUCCUGCUGCAUUCGUGUUGGGCUUUCAUCUAGGGUUGUUGGCGUGACGCUGAAGGAUUGGGAUUGGAUUCGAGCGGGAUUAGCAAUCGUGGCGGUGGAGAAGGGAGGAAGAUGCAGCUGCACUUCUCUCCUAGCAUGAGAAGUAUAACGAUAUCGAGCAACAGCAAUGGAGGGUUGGGUGAUUUGAUGAAGGUCAAGGUCGCAGCUCGCCACAUUUCUUAUAGAACGCUCUUUCAUACAGUCCUUAUCCUAGCUUUCUUGUUGCCUUUCGUCUUCAUCCUCACAGCUGUUGUUACGCUUGAAGGUGUCAACAAGUGCUCCUCACUUGACUGUUUAGGCAGGAGAUUGGGACCAAAGCUUCUUGGAAGAGCCGAUGAUUCAGGGAGGCUCGUGAAGGAUUUUGUCAAGAUCCUUAAUCAAGUGAACUCUGAGGAAGUGCCUGCUAGCUUAAAACUCCCUGAGUCAUAUAAUCAACUUGUUUCUGAAAUGAAAAAUAAUAAACACAGUGCAAAAGAGUUUGCACUAGUGUUGAAGGGAAUGAUGGAGAGGUUUGAAAGGGAAAUUAGGGAAUCUAAAUUUGCAGAGCUGACAAAUAAACACUUUGCUGCAAGUUCAAUACCUAAGGGCAUUCAUUGUCUCUCACUACGGUUGACUGACGAGUAUUCUUCCAAUGCUCAUGCACGAAAGCAGUUGCCUUCACCAGAAUUACUUCCUUUGCUUUCUGACAACUCAUUAUAUCAUAUUGUACUGUCAACUGAUAACAUCCUAGCUGCUUCCGUUGUGGUCAAUUCUGCUGUGCAGUCCUCUCAUAAUCCUGAAAAGAUGGUUUUUCAUGUCAUUACAGACAAGAAAACAUAUGCUGGGAUGCAUUCCUGGGAGAAUGUUCCUGUGCUUGAAGCUGUGGAGACCCAUAAUGGGAUUCGUAAUUACUAUCAUGGGAAUCAUGUUGCCGGGGCUAACCUGAGUGAUACUACCCCUCGGUCCUAUGCUUCAAAGUUGCAGGCCAGAAGUCCUAAAUAUAUCUCCUUGCUAAAUCAUCUUCGCAUAUAUCUUCCUGAGCUUUUCCCAAACCUGGACAAAGUGGUUUUCUUCGAUGAUGAUGUAGUAAUUCAGCGCGACUUGUCCCCAUUAUGGGACAUUGACCUUAAGGGAAAGGUUAAUGGGGCUGUAGAGACCUGUAAAGGUGAAGAUGAGUGGGUCAUGUCCAAGCGAUUCAGAACUUACUUCAACUUUUCUCAUCCUCACAUUGCUAAAAACUUGAAUCCUGAUGAGUGCGCUUGGGCUUAUGGGAUGAAUAUCUUUGACUUGCGUGCAUGGCGAAAGACCAAUAUAAGAGACACAUAUCAUGCAUGGCUCAAAGAGAACUUAAAGUCAAACCUGACUAUGUGGAAACUUGGAACAUUACCGCCUGCUUUAAUUGCAUUCAAGGGUCAUGUCCACCCAAUAGAUUCCUCUUGGCACAUGCUUGGGUUAGGGUACCAGAAAAACACCAACAUAGAGAAUGUCAUGAGAGCCGCGGUGAUUCAUUACAACGGUCAGUCGAAACCCUGGCUGGAGAUUGGGUUUGAAAAUCUCCGGCCGUUUUGGACAAAGUAUGUGAAUUACACCAAUGAUUUUGUUAGGAAUUGCCACAUCUUGGAGUAGUAGGGAAGAUUUGUGCUUCAAGGAAGAAAGAAGAAGAAAAAAGACGAGAAAGCUGCUAGAAGUUCUUUUUGUUUUUUUUGUUUUUGUGGAAUUACAGUUUUGUAUACUCCGGUACGGAAGGAAGCACAUCAAGACUUGGCUAAAUC